CAUCCUAAUCAUCGUCAAUUUAAAAGUCCCAGUUCACAUUAACAAUGGAUCUCAAGCUAAUAAUUCAAAAUUGCUUCAAGUAGAUCUACCAAUGGUAAACUCAUCUCAAUACCCAUUGAACUAUUAACUUCAACCCAAACCAGCAACAAGCUAUUUUUUCAACAAAAGUAACCUCAACAAAGUUGCUUCAAAUAAAUGAUAAUCAAUUGUUGAAUCUUAAAAUUAGCCUUAAUUACCAAAUUGGUAAAAGUUUAAUAUUUUAUCAUUACUGAUCAAUUGGUUUGCUGGUGACUUGGAUUUGGUUGGGUCAAGUCAAGAUGAAUAGCUUUCCUUAUGGUAUGUACGGUAAUCGACCUCCUAUGUUACCCAAUUAUGGUUACAGUGGUGAUCCUUAUAUGCAAAGGCCUUUAAUGCCUUGGACUUUUCCACCAAAUGCUACAAUCGUCGACACUGUCCCUCAAGAGAUGAGAUACAUGGUACCAGAUCAUUGGUACCGAUUUCCACCCAUUAAUCCUCUUUGGUACAGUCUUCUUGGGGUAACCAUGAUUGUCUUGGGUUCCAUUUCAAUCACUGGUAAUGGAAUCGUUCUUUACCUGAUGACUUCAGUUAAAUCUUUGCGAACUCCAACAAACAUUUUAAUCUGUAAUCUAGCUUUCUCUGAUUUCAUGAUGAUGGCCUUUAACAUGACUACAAUGGCAAUCAAUUCAUUCGCCCAGACUUGGGCCCUUGGACCUUUCAUGUGUGAAUUUUACGGUAUGUGGGGAUCACUAUUUGGAUGUGGAUCGGUUUGGUCACUUGUUUUCAUAACCCGUGAUCGAUAUAAUGUGAUUGUUAGAGGAAUGUCUGCUGGUAGAUUAACAAUUAAAAAAUCCUUGGCUCAAGUAUUAUUUAUCUGGUUUUACUCGGUUGCUUGGACCAUAAUACCUUUUUUUGGCUGGUCACGGUAUGUUCCUGAAGGUAACAUGACUUCAUGUACCAUUGAUUAUCUCUCCAAAGACUUGUGGAACGCUUCCUAUACCGUUGUUUACGCUGUGGCUGUUUACUUUCUUCCCUUAUUCACACUGGUUUACCAUUAUUAUUACAUUGUCUGUGCCGUUGCUACCCAUGAACGUACCUUACGUGAACAAGCUAAAAAGAUGAAUGUCGCCUCCCUUAGAGCCAAUGCAGACGCAAACAAGGAAUCAGCUGAUAUUCGUAUAGCUAAAGUUGCCAUGAUGACUGUUGGCCUUUGGUUUAUGGCUUGGACUCCAUACUGUACCCUGGCUUUCCUUGGUAUCUUCACUGACGGUGACUACCUAACACCCAUGGUGUCCAUUUGGGGUGCAGUGUUUGCCAAAUCAGCUGCAUGUUACAAUCCAAUUGUCUAUGCCUUAAGUCAUCCCAAAUAUCGUUCUGCUUUGUUCACCAGAUUUCCUUCCUUGGCUUGUGGUGUUGGUGCCGUUGAACCAGUUGUCGAUGAUGAUGCUAAAUCGGAAAUGUCAGUGGCCACAACCUUCUCGGAUCAUACAUCAGCUCCUUGACCCAUUCAACCAUAAUAAAACAAUAUAUCGCUAUCUAAUACAUAACACACGCAUAUAUAAUAUAUUUAUACGUGUUUAUAUGUUUUAAAUGUGUAAACAUGUGGAAACAAAAAUCAAUGUUAUAUUUGUUAAGACUCAAAAUUGUAAGUAAUCCAUUUAUUAUCAUUUAUUUUAAAAAGAUGAUUAUCCUGAUCAACAGUUUCACUAUCAUUUAGACUGCAAUCAUUUUGGUAGGUUACACUGUUACUAUUCAGAAUUUUUCUGUUCAUUUUUGCCUCACCAAUCAAUUUACUUUUCAUCUGUUUUUAUCGAUUUCAUUUCCUAUUAAUAAUAUGUUUCAUCUAUCUUUAACAGCUAUUAAAUGAUUAACAAAUAGUCUUGACAAGUUAACAUAAUAUUACUUAACCUUUAUCAUUUGUUUACAGUUAUAGUUGCAAUGUUGAUGAAAUUUAUUGCAAUGUAAAACAACUAAUAAAGCUUCCAACUUAAAGUUGACUUUAAAUGACAUUUACCAUGAAUACCUGAAAUUCAAUAAUUUCAAACAAGACUCAAUUGACUUCACAAUUUCAAGUUAAACGUAACAAUUGAUUAAUAGCAAUCUUCAAUGGUGAUCAAUUCAUUCUUAAUCAAUAUGGUUUUCCAGUCAUUUUUGUACAAAUCUGGUUUAUAACAGGUUUCAACCCAUUUCACUCUCAAUGCUUUGGAUAAAUUGAAACAGAUUCAGUGAUAUAAAUUGAUAGAUUAAAUUUAGAUUCAAAAUUUGGUAAAGACUGAGCUUUGGCAAUUUAAUAUUUCAAUCAAAUGCUAAAUAAACAUACAAGACAUUUGAUGUUUAGUGAUGUUUAUAAUGAGCAUUAGUAGAUGAAAACCUAACAAUUCAAAAGGAUGUUUUAUUAAAGAGCUUGUCUAAAUUGAGAUGAGAUUAGAAACAAUUUUGAUUAUUGGCUACUCAGUUAGUUACCUGAGUCUAAAAAUCUAUCAAAUAGCUGUUAAGAUGAUCUUAUUGUUACAACUUUCUUAUGUCAAUCUAAAUCCAAUUAAAUAUCAAUCGAUUUGCUUGAGAUGCUUGUCCCUUUAAGUGAAAAUGCUGAAAAAAGGCUUCACAAUUCAAUCAUCCGACAAAAUGAGAGUAAGUCGUAAGUUGUACAAACUACCGAUUGUUAAAUUAUAUUAUAUUAUAAUGAUACUAUAAUGUAUUGCCAAUUAUAUGCAAUUUAGAGUCUAGAUUCAAACAAUGACUACUUUUUUGGAGAGUAGAGCGAGGAAACAGCAAAAAGGUCAGUAACACACAACCAAUCUCAAUUGUCAAAUUAUAUCGUUUCCAAGUUUUUUUGCCAUUCUCAUGAAAAAUGUUGACUCGAUGUUGAACCGAUUCUCCAAA